AUGGUUAGAGUAAACCCGUCAGAUCUCAGCCAAGAGGAACUUGAAAUAGGCAUUUUGGACUGGGUUUCUGACGAUGACGAAGAAUUUGAUCAAUCACAACUAGAAAGGUUUUACGAACAAGACCCACCUGUAACGCUGGAUAAAAGCUUCAAGAGAACGUUGAUGGGUAUUUUUUAUUUUUUAAAUUUAUUUUCAGUUUUGGGACUCCCAGUGGUUGGCCCUGAAAAACACGACAGACUUCGAGACGUAGUUCGUAAAACAAUAACAAAAGAGUUGGAGAAAAAGGGAUGUGAGAUUCAAACGCCGUUUGUACUGGAGAUACCAACAGAUGGUAGUAAGCAGACGAAAGGGUUGGCCUUUUUUACAUUUGGAACUCCAUUUGAAGCGAACAUGGCCCUGAAGUUCAUAAACAAGUUUAAGCUGGACUCUUCCCAUGCAUUUAAGGCCAUUUUGGUGGACAACUUUGACAUGAUAGUGAGCGACGAUAAUAAGUGCGUGCCACCACUAAAGACAUUUGGAUUUACGAGGGAAGGAAUUAGGGACUGGUGGAUCAUGGGAGAACGCAUGAGGGACCAGUUUGUAAUAAGAUACGCAGACAAAACUGAGGUGUACUGGUUCGACUCAGUUCACCGGGAGCCAAAGCUGGCAUAUGAUGGAUCGAGAGAGAGAGCCGAGGGUAGAAGACCAUGGGCAGAUCAGAAAGUAGAAUGGAGUCCAAACGGGUCCUAUUUAGCAGUUUACAAGUGGGCAGGAAUAGCACUUUACGGAGGAAAUAACUUUGAACUGAAAAUAAGAUUCGAACACAAGAAUGUAAAAAACAUACAAUUCUCACCAUGUGAAGAAUAUCUUCUAACAUGGGAUGGUUCAAAGGGAGAGGACAGGCAUGAAAAAUCUAUUUGUAUCUGGAGAGUUAUUACAGGUGAGCUUUUGAGGAGUUUCCCAACGCCGUUAAAGUCACCGAAGGGUGGAGACUUCCCUCACCUGCUCUGGAACAGAACUGGAAAGUACAUUGCAAUGCUGAACCAGUUUUUAGAAGGCAGUGAAGUGCUCGUUUACAGGCUGCCUGAAAUGACACUAAUUGAAGGACCAGACGGGAAACCAGCGCCUCUCAAGUACUCGGCUGAAAAGUUCGAUUGGUCUCCUCAAGAUGAUAUCCUCUCUGUUGUUAUUCCAGGCUCACUAGAUACUCCAGCGAGGUUGGUGUUGGUUGAGAUACCGUCAAGACGAGAGUUGAGUUCAAGGAAUGUAUACAAUGUGUGCGAAGUUGCAAUGCACUGGCACUCGAAAGGAGAUUGCCUAUGCUUGAGGACUACGAUUUCUAAAAAGACUGGGAAAAAGGGAAGAAAACAGUUUAACCAGCUUGAAAUAUUCCGUCUAAGAGAAAGAAACAUACCAGUUGAUACAAUACAAAUACAAGAUGCAACAGUAAAACAAUUACACUGGGAAGAAGGUGGAAGUAAGAGAUUUGCGUUGAUUGUUAAGGACGAGGAGACUAGGAGCCAUUCCAUCAGAUUCUACAAGGUCUCAGAUGUAGGAGCCACGAGAGAUACUGUUUGGACGACAACAUUCGACAUCACCUCACAACUGAACCAUAUGCAAUGGUCACCAGCAGGAAACUACUUUGUGCUGGGAGGAUUGGGCGCAGAAGGCUCACUCUUUUUCUGCGCACUAAACGAUAACGAUAAAGUCGACGUGUUAUAUAAGGAUGAGCACUUUAUGAUGAAUACAAUAAGGUGGAGUAGUUGUGGAAGGUAUUUGGCAACAUGUGUCAAUGUCCCAAUGCCUCAACAUAACGCAACAACCUCAGAUUCAUUCAGAUAUAGUGCGGAAGCUGGAUAUUGCCUGUGGACAUUCCAGGGCAGACUGUUGUGUAAGGACAGGAAGGAGAACUUCUACAGCUUCGAUUUCAGACCCCACCCAACUCCAUUGCUUAAAAGGACAGAAAUUGAAAAGAUCAAGAAGAACCUUAAGGAGUACACGAAAAGGUACGACCUCAUAGACGAAAAGGAGAGGAAGGACUACAGAGAUUCGUACCUACAGAAAAGACAAAAUAAUCUCGACGCCUUCAAACAGCUAUAUUCAUCACUCUUACAGUGGUACACGUCACAGGACAACUAUUUGGAGUUCAAGUCCGGAUGGGACAAGUUUUUAAACCCGCUGGACUGGGAAGUCACAGAUGAAGUGUAUCAGGAAGUAAUUGACAUAAAGGAGGAGGUUUUUGAGUAA